AUGAUGGAAGAUAAAUUAUAUAGAGAAGAACAACAAAAAUUAAAUAAUGAAGGAAAUAAACUUAUUAAGUAGAUAUAGAAAAGAAUAAAGUUAAGAGAAUAAGUAAUUAAAUUGAAAGAUGAAGCAUUAAAUCUUUCAGAAUUAGAAAAAAAGAAGGUAUAUACAUUAUAGUAAAAUUAAAGAUAAUAUUGGCAUAGAAAAGAGAACUAAGUUAACCAAUUAGAUUAGAUAUGUUAACUGAGCAUCAAAAAAAAUAUGAAGAAGAAAAAUUUCAAAAAUUAUAAUAAAGACAAUAAUAAAAACAAGAACAAGAAGAAGAAUUCAAAAUGAAGUUAAUAAAGUUUCCAAAAAGUUAAACUCUUGUUCGUCUUGAAGAGGAAUAAGCUAAAUUAAAGCUAUCUCAAUAAUAAGCAGCAGAACAAAAAAAAUUAUUGAAAUAAAAAUAAUUAAGAUAUGGAGAAUCUAUAAAAGAUAGUUUCCUUAAGGAUAUAGCUAGACAUUCUAUUUCACCAAUUAAAUAAACAUAAGAAUAAAAUAGCAUAUAGAAAACUCAAUUAGAUAUUGCUAAAUAAAACAUUAAAAAAUUAUAAAGUUUAUUGGGAGAAAAGAAAGUGGAUAAAAUAUUGAUUCUACCUGAAAGAAGAAGUGUGAAUGAUAUUAGAUAAAGAGGAUAAAAUUCAUUAAUUGAAAUGAAAAGAAGUGAUAAAAUUGAACAUUUAGAUAAACCAUAUACAACAGAUCAUAAAAAUUUAAUAUCAAAGAGAAAAAUGUUAAAAUCUGGACUCAAUUCUGCAAACUUUCCUUCAUCUUUGAAUGAUAAUAAACCAAUCCAUUUUGAAGAAAAGUAUUAAAAUGUCUUGAAAUCCAUUAUGGAAUUAGAAUAAAAAUGUAAGGAAAGAGAAAAAAGAUUUAUGCUUAAUAAAUCUCAAUAAUUAGAAGAGGAAGAAAAUGAAAAGUAUAUUGAAAAAUUAAGAUAAAAAUUAGCUUUGAUUUGA